GACCGAGUCCAGGAUCUUGGAUGCAUUCAGUCAUCACGUCUCCUGGGUCUCCUCCGGUCUGUGACGGUUUCUUGGUCUUUCCUUCUUUGUCGUGACCUUGAUGGAGGAGUCCUAGUUAGGGAGGGCCUUUGCCCAGGGGGACAGCCACUUUACUCAUGGAACGUCGAGCCUUCCGUGGGCUCACACCUCCAGCACCGCCCUGCUUCCCACAUUCAGUGAUUCACAAGCUCCUCCCGUUUCCCCUCACUGCAUCCUCCCAAGGUAUUUAUGGAGGAUUUUCAGGCACAGCUUUAGGCACCGGAGAUACAAUGAUGAACAAAAAGACAUGGCUUCACAGAGUUUCCAAAUGUGCCUGGGAGACGAAUAUUAAACUGAGAACAGCCCAUCUUCACUACGCGGGCGCACGUCUUCCAGAUCGACCCCAGCACCAAGAAGAACUGGGUGCCUGCUAGCAAGCAGGCAGUCACCGUUUCCUACUUCUACGAUGUCACCAGGAAUAGCUAUCGCAUCAUCAGCGUGGAUGGAGCCAAGGUGAUUAUAAACAGCACCAUCACACCCAAUAUGACCUUCACCAAGACGUCGCAGAAGUUCGGGCAGUGGGCUGACAGCAGAGCCAACACGGUGUUUGGCCUGGGGUUCUCCUCGGAGCAGCAGCUGACAAAGUUUGCAGAGAAAUUUCAGGAGGUGAGAGAAGCUGCCAAACUAGCCAGAGACAAGUCCCAGGAGAAAAUUGAGACCUCGAGCAAUCAUUCCCAGGUGUCCAGUGUCAACGGGACAGACGAUGAAAAGGCCUCUCAUGUGGGUCCUGCUGACACACACCUCAAGUCUGAGAAUGACAAGCUGAAGAUCGCCUUGACACAGAGUGCCGCCAACGUGAAGAAAUGGGAGAUGGAACUGCAGACCCUGCGGGAGAGCAACGCCCGGCUGACCACGGCGCUGCAGGAGUCGGCCGCCAGCGUGGAGCAGUGGAAGAGGCAGUUCUCCAUCUGCCGCGAUGAGAACGACCGGCUCCGGAACAAGAUUGACGAGCUGGAGGAGCAGUGCGGCGAGAUAACCAGAGAGAAGGAGAGGAACACGCAGCUCAAGAGGAGAAUCGAGGAGCUGGAGUCAGAACUACAGGAGAAGGAGACAGAGUUGAAAGACCUCCGCAAACAAAGUGAAAUCAUACCUCAGCUCGUGUCAGAGUGUGAAUACGUCUCUGAGAAGUUAGAGGCGGCAGAGAGAGACAAUCAGAACCUGGAGGAGAAGGUGCGUUCCCUCAAGACGGACAUUGAGGAGAGUAAGUACCGUCAGCGCCACCUGAAGGUAGAGGUGAAGAGCUUCCUAGAGGUGCUGGACGGCAAGAUCGACGACCUGCACGACUUCCGCCGCGGCCUCUCCAAGCUGGCGGCUGACAACUAGGGGCCGCGGGGGGUGGGGGGUGGGCUGCAGGGGGAGGGGGAUGGAGCGGGGGCGGCCUCCCGUGGGCGUCGCUCCCCUCCGCGCGCGUGCGGUCGGUCGUGUUUGCGCACCGGUGGCGCCGUCCAACCUCACCUCCCCGCCUGGCCAGGCUGCGGACCCCGGGACGCCGCCGACUCAGGAACCCCGCGCCAGCUCCCCCUUACGCGUUUACGCAGUCAGGGCAGGGAUGUUUGUAUCUUUCUCAAGGGCUGUUGCAACCACACCAACCGGACAAAGCGUUUUCUAAUCCAGAUACAAACACCCUUUACACCUCCUUUUUCGUAAGAGCGGUCAGAGUAUUUGAGCGUCCGCCGGGCACCAGUGUGGGGGUCCCGGGGCGGGGUGGGGGGGGACAGCUUCCCUCGCCGUCAGAACCAAGAUGCUUUCAAGCGGUCUGAGUAGAGACUCGUCCAGAGAAAGAGAACAGGUCUCUGGUGGGCGCACGGGGAUGGCCUGCAUCCGCUCUGCCCGCUUCCUCCCACCUCCAGUUUGUAGGGUUGCCACAACGUUCCUUUCCUGGGCUUUCAUUUCUGAGCAGGUUGCUGUGCUGUGGGGGCAGAGCGCAGUGAGGGUGCCUGGCACAAAGUAGGUGCUUAAUAAAUAUUUGUUCAAUUAAACUUACAGCACUUAGUGUUUUAAUCAACCCCCCAGCAGAGUCCAUUGGACCCUGUUGGACGGCCCAUCAUCUUGCUGUGCUGGACAGGAAUUCGACUGACUGUGUGUGGUCAAGCUCUGGGUGGGCUCCAGGGGCCCCCGGGGCAGGACUGGGUGACUUGGAGGCAGCAGGAGCUGGUCUGAGGCCGCUCAUAGCCCAUCCACGGCGCUCGGCCCCUGAGUGCCUUUGAACUGGGACCACCCUUCUUCUCUAGGGUGGGGAUCUAGGAGAGGACCCUAUGUUGGGACUGGACAACUAAGAAAGAAAUCACACAGGCCCAUGAGGGAGAGGCCAGUCAUACUGGCUGAGCCGUGGCCUUAGCACCUCUGGCCUCUCUCCGUGCCUGCUAAGGAAAGGACCAGAGCCAUAAAGCUCUCCUCUCUUACUGAGUUUCUCAGCGGGGCCAGGGAAGGUCUGGGCACCCUGCAUGUGGCAAGAUGGUUUGAAUCCCUGGCCACGGGCAUCUCUAAAUGCCUUUCGGGGUGGUGGAGGAUUUGGUGCCUCCUUACUCCCCUUGCCUGCUUUGGGAACCACCAAGAGAACAUCUCCUUCUAGAAAGAGUUUCUAGAAUUUCUCCCUGGGGAAUUUGGAUGAACAAUAAAACAGCCUGAGGAGGCAGGUGGGACACACACAGAUGUGGCCCGGGCCCUGGGAUGAAUCCUGCUAUUGGGACCAUGUCUCUGAGCAGAGAGCUCUUAUUGGGAUGAGGGAGGGAAGGUCAGUCGUCUGGAGCACCAAGGCACCUUGUGGCAGGGGCGGGGACGGGGGCACGGGG